GGGCUAGGAGUGAAGCGAACCAUAUUCGAGCGACUGCGGUUGCGUGAUUGGACGGAGAGUCGAUGAGUACAGUAUGAAUGCCAUAUUGAGCUGCACGUUCCUUGUUCACCAACCGUCGUGAUGCGGGGGACUGUCUUCCCCUUCUACCUCCACAAUGCUCGCCACCCCUACAAUAUCCAUCCCCUUGCCCUCUAGCAACCUUUCUGAAGCUCACUCACUCACCGGGCAGGACCUCUCCGCGCCGCCCAAGUUCCCCCACACUCGCGCGCAGCUCUCAGCGAUCGCGCGUCAACACAAGUCGUCCUUAGACACUUUCGAAGGCGACCCCGACGGAGAUGACCCCCGUAUCAAUUCUUCCCUCGUGGGCAAGGUCGUCAUGCUCCUCACCAAUGAGCGUGAAGACGAGUUGAAGGCGUUGUUGAAGGGCACGUUCGGUCGGAUAGAUGAGGAAGAGCUCGAGCAACACGUCUUGGAUCUUCUGCACAAACACAGAGAUGAUGUGGACAAUGUCCCGUUCCUCUUCCUCACUCCUACGCGUCGGCCCAUCUCGCGCCCCUCUUCGCGGGCAUCGACCCACUCGGCUCGUCUCGUGCCUCGUCCGGAGACUCCCAAUUCCGCACCGAGCUCUCCUCUCGCCAUGAUAUUCAAGAGACCUCACACGCCGUUGACAUCACCGUUAGGUGCCCUGCAGCAAUCAUCGUCCUAUAUGACGGCGCGCAGCGAAUCUCCCAGCAUAUCUCCUUUGAUCACGCACGCACAGUUCACGUCCAGUCUCCCCGCGUCCCCAAUCGGGUCGCCGCGUUCCUUGAACGCCAAGGCGAACGAGUUCAAGCCCAUCCAGCGCCCACUUUCCGCCGCGUCGUCCAACCCGGACGCCCUCGCCGGACCUCUGGGCGCACAACCCGAGCCGUCCGACUUCCAAACUAGCCAUCGCGGCGCCUCUCACUCCCGACAGCGCACUGCUCCCGCGCGCGCUCACGCCGAGCUCAUCCUCCGCUCGUCUAUGCGCCCUGGCGAGCACAGCGAUGAGGAGGACCCCUUCGACCCGUUCGCGCAGGCCAACCCGCGGCGCUCGUUCCACCCCGUCGGCUCAGAGCUCGACUCGCAGUGGUCCAACUCGCCCAUGUCCCUGUCGCCCGAGGACCCGCGCUACAUCACCAGUGCCGGGACGGACCAGUCGUUCAAUGUGCCGUCGCAGGGCGACGAGGACAUCGACCCGGAGGCGGCAGCGAUGCUCACGGACGGGAUGACGCCAUUCGACGUGCUCAGCUCGGUUUUCGGCGCGACGCUCGCGCCGUCUGAGCUCGAGGAGGCGUUGGCCCAGAACGGAUAUGACUUUGAGCGCGCGAUGACAUGGCUGGUGGAUCGCUCGCUAAACUCGCCGGCGCAGACGAGCGGCCCGCCGAGGAUACAGAGUAUGGGGAACAGGGUCAUGAUGGUGAGCAGGGACGGAAAUGGCAUGGUACGCGGUGGAAGGGGCGGAUUGGGCAGCCCCGGCGCGCUUGGCGUGCGCAAUGGCCAGCGGUUCGUGAACGGACGCGCAGUGCCGGGUGGCAACAGAGUCUGCAGAUACUUCCUGGCCGGUGAGUGCUUGCGUGCGGAUUGUCGUUUCAGUCACGACCUAGAGCGUGCACUCUGCAGAUUCUGGCUGCGCGGCACAUGUGCGAAGGGAGAGAACUGCGAAUUCUUACACCACUUACCAAAUGAGAUUGACGUGUCGGGCCUCAAUCACGCCAUGGCGCGGACGGACAUCAAUGCGGAGCACCCCGAGCGUGCAAGGAGCGCGUCUCCCGACGAAUUCCCCACGCUCAACCAUGUCGCCAACCCAGGCAACGGUCGCGGAGGGUAUCGUUAUGGCCGCGACAAUAGCGCCUACCACGAUCCUGGGCGAACGAGGUUCGCAGCGGCUGUCAAGAAGCCUGUCCCGCCAGCAGCCCCUGUUGCAUCUGUCGUCCAGUCACCCAAGGACCCUGCCCUGCUUGCCGCCCGCAGAGAAGCUAUGGGCGCGGCGGCUGAGCCACUUCACCAUAAUGCGGCUAUUAUCGCACCGAAGCCGUCGCCUCGCAUCAAAUUACGUCCCCCGACUCUCUUGCCCACGCUACCAACGGGCGAGUCCGUGAAUGAGCUCUACAUGAGUUAUCGAUCGAGGGCGUUGCGUCUUGGCGCUGCUCGUAACGCUUGCCUCUCGCGUGCCGCCGAUGCAUGGCGGCGCGGCGACGGAGGUGCUGCAAAGCGAUUCAGUCGUGAAGGUCACGACCUCAACGCUAAGAUGAGUGCCGAGAUGGUGGAGGCGGCGGGUAAGCUCGUCCGGGAGCGAGCGCACCUCGCCGAGCAGGCUGUGCGUUCGCGGGAAGCUAGCUGGUCCGACGACUAUGGGGACCGGACUGCUCGGGGCAGGAUCUGUGGUGCGGGUCUCGGAGUGUGUCUCGGAAUCGCGAGCCAGAACGUCGGCGGCGAGAAGAAGCUCACGCCGGAGGAGCGGACGGAGGCGAUGUUGGAUCUGCACGGCCUGCACUCUGCGGAGGCUACGGAGGUCUUGGAGGAGUUCCUGCUUGCAGUUGAACAUGAGCACUUCUAUGGAUUGGUGUUCCUUGUCGUCGGCGAAGAGAAGCACACUGGCACACAGGACCCGGCUCGUGGCACCUCGCGAGUUCGACUUGCUGCCGGUGUGCGCGAAUGGCUGCACCUAUGGGGCUACCCUUGGAGCGAACGCGACGGCGUGAUUUGCGUUGAUCCUCUUACACACCAGUGAUGGUGAGUUACAAUGUCAGGAUCAUGGUUGAUCUAUGACCGUCAGCAACGAACGGAAAAUUGGACUGGAAGUUGAAACCCCUCGCUCUGUACGUGUAUGUAUAUAGACAAUUGGAAAGAACACACGCGGAUGUACGAAUAUAUAUGGGGGCCCUGCAGCGCAGAUAUUAGACUGCUCUGCGGGCCCGUCGAUGUUGCUCG